AUGUCCAACAGUAAUAGACAACACCCUCAGGCACCCGGAAAACUCUAUCAAUUCAAGCUUGUUUUACUAGGAGAGGCUGCAGUUGGCAAAUCUAGCCUAGUAUUGCGUUUCGUCAAAGAUCAAUUUGAUGAUUACAGAGAGAGCACUAUUGGAGCCGCUUUCUUGACUCAAACUAUCCACCUAGAUGAUAAUACAACAGUAAAAUUUGAAAUCUGGGAUACAGCCGGCCAAGAACGUUAUAAGAGCUUGGCACCAAUGUACUAUCGAAAUGCAAAUUGUGCUGUAGUAGUAUAUGAUAUAACUCAAGCUUCUUCACUUGAAAAAGCCAAAUCAUGGGUAAAAGAGCUUCAAAGGCAAGCAGAUCCUAACAUUGUUAUUGCACUUGCCGGAAACAAAACUGAUCUGAGUUCACGUCGAGCAAUUGAAAGAGAGGACGCACAAGCUUAUGCCCAUGAUGCUGGUCUCUUGUUUUUCGAGACGUCAGCAAAGACAGCAGCCAACGUGAAUGAAUUAUUUACAUCAAUAGCAAGAAAAAUGCCAUUGGAUCAAUUAGCUCCAAACUCGCGUCUACGAGGCUCCCUUUUGAAUAACAAAGGCGUAGAUCUGACGAAUCCUCCUCAAAAUAACAAUUAUUGCGCAUGUUGA